GGUGCUCUCAUUGUCUGCAAAGCAAACGUCAAAUUUGAAUUGUCAGUGUCAGCUGACGUUUGAAAUUACCACAUUAAAUCACAGCUUUAUCUCGCAAAAGUAAUAUCGGUAACAUGGGGCUGUUAACAGUUCUCAAAAAGUUAAAGCAGAAGGAAAAGGAAGUUAGAAUAUUGAUGCUGGGAUUGGACAAUGCAGGGAAAACUACGAUACUGAAAAGAAUAAUCGGAGAACCAAUAGACACAAUUUCUCCCACACUUGGAUUCAAUAUCAAAACACUGGAGCACCGAGGCUACAAACUGAAUAUAUGGGACGUCGGAGGGCAAAAAUCCCUCCGUUCUUAUUGGCGUAAUUAUUUUGAAUGCACGGAUGGUUUGAUAUGGGUUGUCGACAGCGCCGAUAAGAGACGCUUAGAAGACUGCAAGGCUGAGCUGGUGAAACUUCUACAAGAAGAGAGACUGGAAGGUGCCAGUCUGCUGAUAUUCGCCAACAAACAGGAUCUUCCGGGAGCUCUUUCAGCUCCUGAAAUUGCCGAAGUGCUCGACUUGUCGUCUAUAAAAUCCCAUCAUUGGCAGAUCUACAAAUGCUCAGCUGUCACGGCCGAAAAUUUGCUUGAAGGAAUAAACUGGAUAAUCGAUGACAUUGCAGCUCGGAUAUUCUACCUUGAUUAAUACCACAUUAUGGUCAUAGCAUUUAGAUAUCUGUAUUUAUUGUGAGAAAAUUUUUUCAUAUAUUCUGAUGAAAAAUUCACCGGCUGAAACAAUUAGUCAAAGAGAACAAGAAAAAUAUAACGGAAUUGCAAAAUUUUUCCGUUUGUAAUUUGUAAUAUUAUUACGAUACAUUAAUUGAUCUCUGAUAUGGCUUAAUAAGUAUAUCUAUCAAAAAUGGAUGAUAUGUUUAUAAUAUUUUUUUUGUUACCAAACAUACAGCCAUGUCAUGCUCGACCUUUUAUUACUUUACGAUUGCAAUCAAUUUUGGAGGGCUGUUCGUUUGAACAUCACUGUUAUAAUUAUCUGUAAGUACGUUUUUUACAAGCUCUCCACAAAACUGUAUAAAUUAAAGGUACGCAAUAUACGCAAGAUCGAUUUUUACGUUUAUAGGCUUAGUCUUAGUAUGGACUGACUAGGCAUAACACUGCUAGCUUUUGUAUUAUGCUUACACUAUUCCAAUUUUUCCGUGUAUUAAUUCGAUUUAAAUAAUAAUACUUACAAUUUUUUACUGCAAAGAUUCUUUCUC